AUGUGUGCUAGCUGCAGACACACCGGUUGUUGGCUAUUUCUGGGAGUGCUAUACCUCAUUGUCGUUCUUGCAAAUGGACAGUCAGUGUGUUCACCGGGAGCUUCUGGUUCACCUUCAAAAACAUUCGAUCUUAACACACUGAAAUUGUCUACACCAGAAGUUCAAGCAAUGAUCUCUGAAACGGGCUCAUCAGUCACCGAGAAGGAUCUAACCGCAUUUGUUAAAGGAAAAAACGCAACCACUUCAAAGAUUUCUUGCCAAGAUCUAUACAACUUUGUAUCAACAUUUCAUGCUAAUGAAGCAACAGCAGGUCAUGCUCAUUCUGGAGAGGGCUCCACAGGUCCUUUUUCAGUUAAGCCGAUGGUAUGGAUCUGGUCAACCGUUGCCGUUGUGAUAAUCAGUGCGGUUGGUUUGCUGGGAGUGGCAGUGGUUCCAUUGGUCAAUAAAACCUACUACAAUGAUGUCAUUCAAUUCCUUGUAGCGUUAGCGGUUGGGUGUCUUACCGGUGAUGCAUUUCUACACCUCUUACCUCAUGCAAUCUCUGGAAGCCAUGGACACGAGGAAGGAAGCGGAGAUGAGGCAGCAGAGGAGCGAAUUUCUGUCCUCAAGGGACUACUUGGUUUGGGAGGCAUUUAUUUCUUUUUCUUAGCAGAAAAACUCGUCAGCACGAUAUCCGAGUACCGAACAGAAAAAGCUGCCGAAAAGGAAGAACGAGAGAGAAUUUUGCGGAACCCACGAAAAUCUUCCGAGGGCAUAAGGCGACUGAGCACGUUCCGGGAAUCGAUUGCAGUGAACUCAUCAUUCCGUCGUGGCUCACGCUUAGUUCCUAAUCCCGAAAUUGGAAAUCUAAGGAGAUCUUCACGAUCACCUUCCAUCAUAGCUGACGAUAUUCUCACGACUGGUUUAACAGCGAAAGCCAUGAAGACUGUGGACGUCUUGAACGCCUACAUUGAGGAAGGAGAAGAGGAGGAUGAACAAGAGCAAUCCAUGCAAAGAAAUGAGCCUGGUGGACUGACACUCCAAGUUCCCUCGAUCAAUGUCAUCCCUGAGGUCAAGGUUGAAACCAACUCUCCAGAAAUGGAGAAAGGUAAAAGGGGUCACGGUCAUUCACAUGGCCCGACUCUCGAUGAUACUACGACUUCCAAUACUGAACCACAAGGUGCAUCACAUGGACAUGGUCACUCACAUAAUCUUCCAACUUCGAUGGCUUCUGUGGCCUGGAUGGUUAUAAUGGGUGACGGUCUUCACAACUUUACUGAUGGAAUGGCUAUUGGUGUUGCUUUUGCUGAUUCUAUUGCUGGUGGAAUCAGCACAACCGUUGCAGUCUUUUGCCAUGAAUUACCACAUGAAUUAGGCGAUUUUGCGGUUCUUUUGAAAACUGGCAUGGGCAUAAGAGAGGCCCUUUUCUUCAACAUUGUCUCCUCGGUGCUCUGCUUGAUUGGCAUGCUGGUAGGAAUUGGAGUUGGCAAUGUGGAGGCGGCUUCUUCGUGGAUUUUUGCCUUUACUGCUGGAACAUUUGUCUACAUUGCUCUUGUGGAUAUGGUAAGUUAA